UGCGUAUUCGUGUUCAACAAACUAAACAGAUCGGUCUUGUUUUCGACUGCAGCAGCUCUUUGUUGUGAAAGUGAAAUUUUCAAAACGCAAUUUAGGAAAAAUCAAAUUCUGCUUCUGUUUGGUGAUUUUCUUCGCUUGUUGGAGGUGCUGAGCUCUACAUAAUGGGUGCAGUUUUGGGAUUGGUGUCGGCAGCAAAUCUCGCUUGCUGCUGCACCGGAACGGCGUGCUCCCUGUGCUGUUCGCUAUGUCCGUCUUCGUUGAAAUCCAACUCGACGGCAACGCGCUUCAUGUACGCGCUGAUGCUGCUGCUGGGUGCCAUCGUGGGGGCCAUAAUGCUUGCCCCGGGAUUGCAGGAUUUCCUCCAAAAGGUACCGUUUUGCGCCAACUCGACGUCAACCGCUGGGCAUCUGUUACCGGGUUCGGAAACGAUCGACUGUAGUUCGGCCGUUGGCUAUUUGGCCGUGUAUCGCAUCUGUUUUGCACUGUGCUGCUUUUUUGCACUGUGGGCACUUAUGAUGGUUGGAGUUCGGUCUUCAAAAGAUCCGCGAUCGGCUUUGCAGAAUGGAUUCUGGGGCAUCAAGUUUAUGAUCGUUACCGGUAUUGCUAUUGGAGCGUUCUUCAUUCCGGAGACGGGAUUUGGACCGACGUGGAUGUGGGUCGGAAUGAUGGGCGGUUUCGCUUUCAUUCUGGUUCAGCUGGUCUACAUCGUAGAUUUCGCUCACUCGUGGGCCGAAGCCUGGGUCAGCAACUAUGAGGAGGAGGAAUCACGCGGCUGGUUUGCCGCAUUGUGCUGCGUCACUGGAUUGCAGUACGCGUUGUCUUUAACCGGAAUCGCGCUGCUUUACGUAUACUUCACUGAAGCGGACAACUGCUCGUUGAACAAGUUCUUCAUCACGUUCAAUAUGAUUCUGUGCUUGGCUGUGAGCGUCAUGUCGAUUUGGCCCAGCAUCCAGGAGCACGCCCCAAAGUCGGGACUUCUGCAGAGCUCAAUGGUAACUCUAUACACGGUCUAUCUGACAUGGUCGGCCGUGGCAAACAAUCCGGAUGCCGAAUGCAACCCGGGCUUCUUGGGAAUCAUCGGAGACAAGCAGACCAAGGUGCAUUUCGACAAAACCAGCAUCAUCGGACUGGUGAUCUGGAUGCUGUGCAUUCUGUACUCGACGCUGCGCUCGGCUAAUAAUGUUUCGCGAUUGGCAGACCCAGAGAAGCAAGUCUUGGCAGCAACACUUAGCGAUGACGGUGGCUCCCACAGCGGUGGUGGUGGCUCAAAUGAAGUCCGUGACAACGAGGAGGAAGCCGUUGCCUAUUCGUGGUCGUUGUUCCAUGUGGUGUUCAUUACUGCCACGCUGUACGUGAUGAUGACGUUGACCAACUGGUACCAGCCCAACUCAUCGCUGGAUACGCUCAACGCCAAUGCUGCUUCAAUGUGGGUCAAGAUCAUAUCCAGUUGGUUCUGCCUGGGAUUGUACGCCUGGACCUUGCUGGCUCCGAUGGUCCUCACCGAUCGCGAGUUCAACUAAAUUACCCGCGGAGUGAUUCGCCAUAACUUUUAACCCAAAUAGAAAAUUUCCAACAAUGCGAAAAGCUUUCCAAAGUCGUCGAUGUUGAAUUUCUGAAUAGAAAGUAGGACUAGAAGGUUGAUUAUUUUUACUUUUAAAUGAGAUGGAUGUGAUAUGGCAAGACUCAUUAUUUGAAAGAUGGAAUCGAAUGAAAUGAAACCCAAGUUUGCAAACUAGCGAUUGGUAGAUCUUAAUUUUACCUUUAUUAUUAUAACUAACUAUACAUAAAUUACUCUCAACAUAUAUCUGACUCAAUCAGAAUUAGAAGAUACCAUAUUUUGCUCCAAACCAACAUUAGGAAAUAAUAAAAUUUCUUCAAUUGAUUGACUACCAA